UGCCUCCUUCCGUCCGUGCGUCUCCGCGGAGGCUUUUUUUUUUUUCCCCCACCCCUGGGCACGGUCGCUCCCGCCAUGGCGGAGAUGGCAGAGCUCUGCGAGCUGUACGAGGAGAGCAACGAGCUGCAGAUGGACGUGCUGCCCGGCGAGGGCGACGCGGAGGUAGGCCGCGGGGCGCGGGGAGCGGAGGAGGGCCCCAUGGAGGAGGAGGAGGAGGAGCCGCCGGCCGCCGCCCGCGCCCCGCGCGGCCCGCUCGCCGACCCGGAGGGCGACGACUCGGACGGCUGGGAGGACGACUACGCGUUCCCGGAGGAGGAGCGCUGGAGCGGCGCGAUGCACCGGGUGUCCGCCGCGCUGGAGGAGGCCAACAAGGCGUUCCUGCGGACGGCGCGGCCCGGCGACGCCCUGGACCGAGGGUUCCGGGCGCGCGGCGACAAGAGCCCCUUCGACCAGCUCGCCUUCAUCGAGGAGCUGUUCUCGCUCAUGGUGGUCAAUCGGCUGACCGAGGAGCUCGGCUGUGACGAGAUCGUCGACCGGGAGUAAAGGCCGACCGAAAGAGGAGGAAGCUACCUGAGGGGGAGAGAGUCAGCCUUCUGCUAUUUGGGGGGUUCGUUCCAGAUAGUUCUGUGCGUAAAUAAAAAAUAAAAAUAAAAACGGUUGGUUUUUGUUUCUCGGAGUAGAAGACAGGACAGUGAGUGACCGUGCGUGGGGAAAGGAGGAUCGAGGAAGAAGUGUUAAACCUGGGAAUCGCGAGGAGAAAAGACCGAGUUGUUUCGGGUUUGGUUCAGCAGAAACCUCUGGCUCGAGACUGUGGUUGCUCGAGAUGAUUUUCCUUUUGUCGGAGAACUCUCUCGUGUUAAGCUUGUUAAGAUGGUUUUGCAGAAGUAAAUCAUGACUUCCAAUACAAGAAUCUAAUUAAAGAAGAGGGAAAACGCAUCCGCAAGAUAGCUUUGAUUGGAACUGUGAAAGCCUAGUGGAGAAAACGCUCCAAAUUCUGUUGUGUGUUUUAUGCAAAUCAGUUCUCAGAAGCUAAGCUUUGAAAUUUAAGAUCGAGUGCUCACCAACCCUAAAGGGUAAAGUAAACGCGUGUAUAAAUGUACACUGUUGUCAUGUGUUACAAAAGCUUCUGGAAUCCAGACUGCACAUGUACCUUCAUGCUUUAUACUGUGAUUUGUAAUUUGGAAAAAUCCAUUGUGAUGAUUUUUAAAGUAAAGAACAAACAGGAUGUCUUUUUAAAGUUUUAAAUUCAUGCAUUAAAGUGUAUGGGAAAUCCCAAAGACAAACUUUCUAAUACCCUUUUAUAUUAGGGACAUUUUGCUGUUUUUUGUUGUUUUUUUUUUUAUUAUUAUUAUUUUUAACCUUGACAGAUGGUAAUACUAUAACUGAACUUCAUAUUGUAAGAACUGUUUGUGAACAUUAUCAAGUAAGAGGAAACCCUGCCUGUAUCUAUAAAAGACUUAUGAGCUAUUAUGCUGUCAAACUGAAGGUUUUAAACCAUCCCAGAAGUCUACCUGGGUACCUGAUACUCAGAUUCUCUCUCUCUCUUUCUCCCCAUCUCCUCCCUCCCUCCUCCUAAUUAUGCUUGUUAGUCUUUAUGCACCAGCAUUGGCGAUAAUAAACUUUCUUGUUCCGUG